GGCCAUUGGCUUCAUGGACUUUCCUCGCUCUGCCUAUCGCUGUUGGUAGUCCCAAAUUUCUAUGUAGUAGGAUAUUAUACGGUCGAUGGUAAGCCCAACAGUUCAUUGGGCAUUAGACUUAAUUUAGAGUAGUCUAGUUUCCCAGCGGCAGUCAUAUGACCGUCUGAGUCCCAGAGUCACAUGACUGAGCAGGAAUUGGGCUGGAGCUUUUACACCAGCGGAGAUUACGGCUAUAUACUUUCUGGAAACAGAUUGAAAUGAGUUUCCUGGGUGGAUUAUUUGGACCAGUGUGUGAAAUAGAUGUCAUCCUCAAUGAUGCGGAGACCAGGAAGAUGGCAGAGCUCAAGACUGAAGAGGGGAAAAUGGAAAAGCACUUCCUGUUUUAUGAUGGAGAGUCAGUUUCAGGGAAGGUGAACUUCACUGUGAAACAGUCAGGGAAGAGACUAGAGCACCAGGGUAUCCGAAUCGAGUUUGUGGGUCAAAUUGAGCUGUUCAGUGAUAAGAGCAACACGCAUGAGUUUGUGAACCUGGUGAAGGAGCUUGCCUUGCCAGGAGAGCUGACGCACGACCGCAGCUACGACUUUGAGUUCAUGCAGGUGGAGAAGCCUUAUGAGUCCUACGUGGGAGCCAACGUCCGAUUGAGGUACUUCCUCAAAGUCACAAUAGUUAGAAGACUAUCAGACCUGGUGAAGGAGUACGACCUCAUCGUCCAUCAGCUGGCUACGUACCCCGACGUCAACAACUCCAUCAAGAUGGAAGUGGGCAUUGAAGAUUGCCUGCACAUAGAGUUUGAAUAUAACAAGUCUAAAUACCAUUUGAAAGAUGUAAUUGUGGGAAAGAUCUACUUUCUAUUGGUGAGAAUCAAAAUCCAGCACAUGGAGCUACAAUUAAUCAAAAAGGAAAUGACUGGAAUAGGACCAAGUACAACCACUGAAACAGAAACUGUUGCGAAGUAUGAGAUUAUGGACGGAGCUCCAGUCAAAGGGGAGUCCAUUCCAAUCCGGCUGUUCCUGGCAGGCUAUGACCUUACUGCCACCAUGAGGGACGUUAAUAAGAAGUUCUCGGUUCGCUACUUCCUCAACCUGGUGCUGGUGGACGAGGAGGACAGGCGAUAUUUCAAACAGCAGGAGGUUGUUUUGUGGAGAAAGGCCCCUGAGAAACUAAGAAAGCGCAACUUCCAUCAGCGCUACGAGCCUUCAGAACCGAGACCAGACCUACCUGGGGAACAGCCUGAGAUGUGAAGAGACCAGAGGGAGGGGCAGUGUGGGCAGGGACUGCAGAGCAACCAACUGGAAGGAAGGCCAUACAAACCACCCCCCCCCCCCCCCACAGAGAGGACAAAUGAGGCAGGCCAAAAACAUGACUACAUGCCACCGCUUCAUGAAGCCUUCUUUUCUGUCCAGUUCUGCCGUGUUCUCUAAAAACAAAGUGCUCUGUUUGCACAUACAGACUGUUCUGUACAAAACAAACAACAAAAAAUAGAAAACACUGGAACAUUUGAAAGCAACCGUUUCUACUGUAUCGCUCAUUUGUCCCCCAAAGAGUUACACCUGGUUAUUCAAAAAAACUAAAUGCAAAGAGAAAUAUGUUUCAAAACUUCACAAACUUAGUAGAAUGUUCCGGUGCAUGUAGGCUGGUUAAUUUAUGUGAGCAUAAAGCAUUAUGAUGUCUUACACAACCCUUUGGACCCUGCCAUGGUGAACACACUACCUGACAACAAGCAUGCACUAAUGUCACAUUAGAGACGUAAACAAAUUAUAUAAAGUGUCCUAACUUAUUUAGCAUUUAUGUUUGUGAUUUAUGUUUUUUUCCUCAUUUAACUAAUUGUUACAUUGCAAAAAAACGGGUUCAAUUUUAAAUGUUUCUCAGAACAUAAAAUAUAUUUGUUGUGUUACGGCAAGUUGUGUUACAAGAGACAUUGGAACAUACAGGAAGAAUGUGGUAGUGGAAUUCUGGGGAAUCUAUGGAGCUCUGUCUGGAAAGAUCUGCCACAAGCAGACCAACAACUUAAAAACCCACCUCAAAUUAACUUUAUUGAUCAAUGUUUAAUUUUGUUUUCUGUGUACACCAUGCUGUUUGUGGAAUUAUGGAUGGGAACUUAAUCUCUUCUAUUUGUGCCCUUGUUAUGAAGAAGAAUAUGAUUACUUUUCGAGCAUAGGGCUGCUGUAGUGCUCAGACAAGCCCGAACAGAAUUCCUUUGUGUAUUGUGGUCUUAAUUCCUUACGGCCACACAGGGACAGUCUUCAUUCCUUUCUCAUUGUAUGCAAGUGCCUGCAAGGAACUGAUGAAACGGUUAUGCCAAAUACUCUGCUGGCUACGUGCAUGUCCACCCCAUUUUUACCAUCAUUAAAACAAUGUGAAAUCAGUGACAUUUAACAUUGUACGUAGCAUUUAUCCAUACAUGUAUUCACCUGUGCACAAUAAACUUCAGAUUUAUACUGA